AAACACAGAAUUUAAAAUACCGAAAAUAGAAGUCGUCUCUGUUUUCCUUUCGUUUUUGCACAUUUUGAGGAUGGAAGUGAAGCCAACGAUAAUUAGGGCCCUUAAAGCUCUUGUUACCGGCUAUAUUAUUCUCUCUUUAUUCUACUCUGCACAUCACCUUUUCUCAGUCUAUCGUGGCUCCUCCACUCCCGCACCUUCUGUCUCUCUAUCUACGAAAGCGUCAAUCGACAUAUAUUCAUCGUUAAAAAAAGGUCAAUAUGGUCCUCAACGAGUAAAAUGGACCAACCCAGAAGGUAAUUUCCUGGCACAUUCAUGCGAUUUUUUGGUUAGAUCAAAGCAUCUUAACUUACAAAUCCGCGUCAUCCAGGCAUCACGGACCAUAUGCCCGAGGACUUCAUGCUGACCAAAGUGUUUUCUGACGCUAUGGGCCCAUGCAAGGUCAUCCCAUAUUACUUCCGAGCCAACGAAGAGGCGGAUUCUGAAGAAGUCACCAUUGCUACCCUUGUCACUCAUAAUCGUUUAGCUGUACUGAGUCGUCUAGCCACGCGAUACAAAGGACCUAUUUCGGCUGCCAUUCACAUUAAUGAUGACGAAACCCGAGACAUGAUUUUAAACGACUUGCAUGCCAUGUAUGAAUCCAAUCCAGAUGUCCAAAACCAUGUGGAUGUUCACUUGAUUGUCGACAGGUUCGAUAGACAGUUCAAUAUGUGGCGAAAUGUGGCAAAAUUCUUUGCUCGUACAGAAUAUCUUAUGAUGCUUGACGUCGAUUUCCACCUUUGCACCGAUUUCAGAAAAUCCAUCCGAGCAAACCCUCGCAUCAUGGACAAGCUCCGAACUGGCACUGCAGCACUCGUUGUACCAGCGUUUGAAUUCAUCGAACAAAAGGAUGGUCAGGAUUGGAAAACUUUCCCUACUGAUAAGCAGCAGCUUAUGGAUCUCGUGAAAGCCGAAAAAAUCGACAUGUUCCACCGUGAUUGGCAACGCGGUCACGGAAGCACAAAUUACACCAAGUGGUAUGAGAGUGGUGACGAAUACGUCGUUACCGACUACAACUACUCUUACGAACCUUAUAUCAUAUAUAAGAAGGAAGGAUCUCCUUGGUGCGAUGAAAGAUUUAUCGGCUAUGGUGCCAACAAGGCUGCCUGCUUGUAUGAAAUUUACUUGUCCGGCAUUGACUAUUGGAUCUUGCCCGACGACUUUUUAAUCCAUCAGACGCAUUAUUAUUUGGAAGAUACUCGUAAGAAAGAGCGUAAAUACAACAAGAAGCUGUACGAUAAUUUUAGAGAGGAGGUUUGUUUGCGGUACUCUAGAAUGAUGAUCGCAAGUAAUCUGUGGUCAACUUCAAGAGCUGAUAACGUCAAAGAGGAAUGUUCAAAAAUCAAGGGUUUUAAGUCGGCUGUGGGUAACCUCAAUUAAACAAACUUGUAUCUUCCUUUACUUUUGCAUUCCCUUCUGGACUCCCUACCCAACUUGCAUCUUUUAUCUUCCAUUGUACUUGUGU